AUGGGCCGUGGCAAAUUAAUAUUGAUAGAAGGGUUAGAUAGAACUGGUAAGACUACACAAUGCAAUAUCCUAUACAAAAAAUUGCUACCAAACUGUGAAUUAAUAAAGUUUCCCGAAAGAUCUACGCGAAUUGGAGGACUCAUAAACCAAUAUUUGACGGAUGAUAGCCUUCAGUUAUCCGAUCAAGCCAUUCAUCUUCUCUUCUCGGCAAAUAGAUGGGAAAUGGUCGACGGUAUGAAGAAAGCAUUACUGGAAGGAAAGAACAUUGUCAUGGAUAGAUACGUUUAUUCAGGAGUGGCAUAUUCUGCUGCCAAGAAGACAGAUGGGAUGGACCUGAAUUGGUGCCUGCAACCGGAUAUAGGGCUACUAAAGCCUGAUCUGACCUUGUUUCUGAGCAUUCAGGACGUGAACAGUAAUGCUGGAAAAGAUGGCUUUGGUGAAGAGAGAUACGAAACUUUGAAAUUUCAAAAACAAGUAAAACAUACCUUUAUCACGCUAUUGGAAAACGAGAUGAAGAGAGGCGAUGAGUCCAUCAAAAUUGUGGAUGUUGGUAACAGGGGAAUUCAUGAAGUUGAAGCACUUAUUUGGGAAAUAGCAGAGCCUGUUUUAACCACGCACAUAGAUCAUGACAAAUUUUCGUUUUUUCAAAAGGUUUAG